AUGGAACCCACUGUUAAACGGCAACGUAUUGAUACUCCAACAGACGAAAUUCCCAAUGGAGAAACAAAAGAACAUUCAUUUCAAGUAUCAAGAGAUCUUUACCUUGAUACUAUUGAUCGCCAUAUGCUUGACUUUGACUUUGAAAAGGUUUGUUCAGUAUCCAUGUCCAAUAUCAACGUUUACGCUUGUCUUGUUUGUGGAAAAUACUUUCAAGGCCGUGGCAAGUCAUCUCAUGCUUAUUUUCAUAGUAUGCACAAGGACCACCACGUUUUUCUUAACUUGCAUACUUUAAAGGUCUAUAUUCUUCCUGAUGGGUAUGAAGUAGACGAUCCUUCACUGAAUGAUAUCAAAUAUGUUUUGAAUCCAACAUUAACAAAACAACAAGUAGCUGAAUUAGAUCAAAACAAUGCACCUUCAUAUGAUUUGAAUAAUAAAAAGUACAUCCCAGGUUUUGUUGGAUUGAACAAUAUCAAGGCUAAUGAUUAUGUCAAUGUGGUUAUUCAAGCACUAGUCCAUAUUCCAAGUUUCCGAGAUUAUUUUAUUCUACAAGAUUUUGAAAAUCAAGACAAAUCUCAACUUGUCAUUCGAUUCAGUUCUUUGAUACGAAAAAUGUGGAAUCCAAAAGCAUACAAAGGUCAAGUUAGUCCUCAUGAAUUACUUCAAGAAAUAUCUAGUGCCAGUGGAAAACGAUUCAAAUUGACACAACAAAGCAAUGCUAUUGAUUUUUUAUCUUGGUUUUUGAAUACAUUACAUCGUGAUUUGGGUGGUACAAAAAAACGAAAUAGCAGUAUUGUCUAUCGGACAUUCCAAGGUGAGGUACAAAUGGAAUCACAAAGUAUUGGACCUGCAGAUAGUGGAAGAGAAAGUGGACAAGCUUUGGUAUUUGAUGAAGAUCGAACUAUAAACAAAAUAUCAUCACCUUUCUUAUUUUUGGCAUUGGAUCUUCCUCCUGCACCAUUAUAUCAAGAUGAAGCUGAAGCAAAUAUUAUUCCUCAAGUACCUUUGGCAACCAUUCUCAACAAAUACGACGGCAAGACGGUACAAGAAAUUGCUGGACAAAAGAAACGAUAUCAAAUUACAAGACUUCCAAAAUAUAUUAUUUUCAACAUCAAACGAUUCAAUAAGAAUAAUUUUACUGAUGAAAAGAAUCCUACUAUUGUAAAUUUCCCUAUUAAAAAUGUCGAUAUGACUCAUUGUAAGUAA